UUGAAUUUAAUUAACAGAGCGAAAGCAAGAAACAAGACAAGAGCCGUCUUUGGUAACAUUCAGAGUGUUGUAAAAACCAAAGACAAAGAUAGGACUUGUAGUUACAUUAGAAUCUGGACGACUGUCUCUCCGUCUGUAUUUCAUUUCUCUAGAAACAAUCCCUUUUCUUUUUAUUAGUACAAAGUACAUAGUCUUCCUUCACUUUUACGAAGGUAAAAUGGCGGUUUCAACAUUUAGAAGCGGGCGAUUACCCUUGUUUCAUCACCCUCAGUUGCCUAAUAAAGCAGCAGCUUGUACAAGAAGAUCGGUUGUUGGACUAAAGAAGCUACAUCGGCGCUUCAACUCCAACCCCAAGCCCUUCUUUCUUUCUGCCCAAUACUCUCAACCAUCUCAAUCUCAAGCUCAAACACAGCAACAGGAUCGUUUCUCUUCUCGCCUCCAAAGUAAUAUUGAGGACUUACCCAAACUGGUGGAGGAUAUUGUCCAGACAUCUAUAAGCACAGGUCCCCGAGGAGCCCUAAGGCUAGCUCAAGGCAUUCGAGCAUUUGUUGGUGUUGGUGGGGAAUGGCUUGCUGAUGUCUCAAGGUCAACAAAUGCAUCUGCUGGAAUACCAUCUCAAUUGCAGCUGGGCUUGCUUUCUCCACUUUACUUAAGGAAAUUAUUUGAACGUAUGGGUGCAACCUAUAUCAAAUUAGGUCAGUUCAUAGCAUCUGCACCAACAUUAUUUCCGCCAGAAUAUGUUGAAGAGUUUCAGAAAUGCUUUGAUAGAGCUCCUGCAGUUCCUUUUGAAGACAUUCAAACGAUCUUACGUCAAGAAUUAGGGAGACCAAUUGAUAGCGUAUAUGAAUAUAUCAAUCCAACUCCAAUUGCCUCAGCAUCUAUAGCACAGGUACAUGGUGCAAGGCUUAGAGGCUCCCAAGAUGAUGUGGUUAUAAAGGUAUUGAAACCUGGAAUUGAGGACAUUUUGGUGGCAGACCUGAACUUUGUUUAUAUAGUGGCUCGAAUAUUGGAGUUCUUAAAUCCUGAUUUCAGCCGCGCUUCGCUGGUUGGUAUUGUUAAAGACAUUCGGGAGUCUAUGCUUGAAGAAGUUGACUUCAAUAAGGAGGCUACAAAUAUUGAAUCCUUCAGGAGAUAUCUUGAAGCCAUGGGAUUAACAAGGCAGGCAACGGCUCCAAGAGUUUAUAACCAUUGCAGCACACGGCGAGUUUUGACUAUGGAGAGGCUAUAUGGAGUUCCUCUUACUGAUUUAGACACUAUAAGUUCAAUUGUCUCUAGCCCAGAGAAUAGUCUUAUAACUGCACUUAAUGUCUGGUUUGGUAGUUUACUUGCUUGUGAAACCUUCCAUGCUGAUGUGCAUGCUGGCAAUUUAUGGAUAUUGCGCGAUGGUCGCAUUGGAUUUCUUGAUUUUGGUAUUGUUGGACGCAUAUCACCAAAAACAUGGGCUGCUAUGGAAGUAUUUUUGGCAUCUAUUGCAACUGAAGAGUAUGAGUCGAUGGCAUCUGCCUUGAUUGAAAUGGGAGCAACCAAUAAGGAUAUCGAUGCUAAGGCGUUUGCAAGAGACUUGGAACAGAUAUUUUCAUCUAUACAGGAACUUGAUACGGAGGUAGUUGUUGCCACUACCAGGGGGACAAAAACAAAUGCAACUGCUGUCUCUGCAAAUAUAAUUGUUGACGAGAGGCAGAUGAAUGCACUCUUUCUUGAUGUGGUUAGGGUGAGUGAAUCAUAUGGACUGCGAUUUCCAAGGGAGUUUGCACUUCUAAUGAAACAGCUUCUGUAUUUUGAUCGGUAUACACGGUUGCUUGCUCCCAAUGUGAACAUGCUUCAGGACCAAAGGAUAACCAUCGUGUCUAAUAGAAGAAGCAACUAUAGGGACAGCUUCAGAUAGAUAAUGCAAUUGGAGAUGUACUGAUGUUUCUGUAUUUUUCUUCUUUUCGUCUCAGCUUUCCCCUCAUUUAUGUAUAUGCAAGAAAUGAAAAAAGGGGGAUGCUGCUUAACAGUUGGGUUUACUGCAUGUUGCAUAACAUAUAGAGAAAGCAGAAAAGAAACUUACGCCCCUGAUACAGUGCUGGAGUUACUGAUGUAAUAAAUUCCCUAUUAAAUCAGUUGCUACCCACAUUUACAAUUGGUUGAUCACUUAUUUAUGCAGGAUAAUAUAGGAGGA